AUGAUGGAGAAGGGUUGUCACAUCAACAUUGCCAUGACAGAAGAUGUCGACGCCAACGGGAUGGCCCGGUCAAAGGACGUCCCAGACGUGGACCCGAAGACGCUGACGUGUGGCUCCACCGUGAGCUUCCACAACAUCCAGUACAAAGUUCUGCUGAGGAGCGGCUUCUUCUGCAAAAGGAAAACAAGUCACAGGGAAAUACUGUUCGACCUCAAUGGAAUUUUAAGACCUGGCCUCAACGCUAUUCUUGGACCUACUGGAAGUGGAAAAUCUUCAUUCUUGGAUAUUCUGGCUGCGAGAAAGGAUCCUUCAGGUCUCACAGGAGAAGUACUCAUUGACAACGCACCACAGCCUCCAAACUUCAAGUCCCUCGCUGGCUAUGUGGUUCAGGAAGAUGUAGUCAUGGGCAUCCUGACUGUGAGGGAGAAUCUGCGUUUUUCUGCAGCACUGCGGCUGCCGAGCUCCGUGCUUCAGAGUGAAAAGGAGGCGCGAGUCAAUCACCUCAUUGAAGAACUGGGUCUCACCAAGGUCGCGGACUCCAAGGUGGGCACACCGUUGACGCGGGGGAUCUCAGGAGGAGAGAAGAAGAGGACGAACAUCGCCAUGGAGCUGAUUACUGAUCCCUCCGUUCUGUUUCUGGAUGAACCGACUACAGGACUGGAUGCCAGCACCGCUAACUCUGUGCUGCUGUUGCUGAAAAGAAUGGCCAGUCGUGGAAGAACCAUCAUUAUGUCCAUCCACCAACCCCGGUACUCCAUCUACAUACUGUUUGACACUGUGACUCUGCUGGUCACUGGUAAAAUUGUUUAUCAUGGACCAGGGCCCAACGCGUUGGACUACUUUGCCAACAUCGGCUACCACUGUGAGCCCCACAACAACCCGGCUGACUUCUUUCUCGAUAUAUGUAAUGGAGACUUCAACAGCACAGCCAUUAACAAAGGCCAUGGCACUAGAGAUUUGGACUUUCAGGAGCUCAUCGACUCCAGGCAGAUGAUCGAAGAGAACCUGGUGAAGGAGUACAGGAACAGCAGCUACUCCAGCAACACGAGAGCUGAGCUGGAGCGCAUCGUCAAGGAGAAGAAGUGUAUCUCAGAUUCAACAUCCGACACCGUCACCUACAACACCUCCUUCUUCCACCAGCUACGUUGGGUUUUCACGAGAACCUUCCAAAGCCUCAUACUGAACCCACAGGUGUCUUUGUCCCAGAUUAUGGUCAGCAUUUUCCUCGCCCUCUUUGUUGGACUCCUUUUCUCCAAUGCCAAAAAUGAUGCGAGUGGUCUGCAGAACAGGGUGGGCGUCUUCUUCUUCAUCACAAUCAACCAGUGCUUCAACACCUUGGCUUCAGCUGAGCUCUUCAUCACCGAGAGGAAGCUGUUUGUGCAUGAGUACAUCAGCGGCUACUACAGAGUGUCGGUCUACUUCAUCUCUCUGAUCCUGGCUGACUUCGCUCUGCACACCAUCACCUCGGUUGUCCUCUGCGUUAUUGUCUACUUUAUUAUUGGGCUCAAAUCCACAGCUGCAGCCUUUUUCAUCUUCACGCUGACCGUGACUCUGGUGUGCUACACGGCCACAGCCCUGACGAUGGCCAUCUCAGCCGACCAGAGCUUCGUGGCUCUCGCCAACGUCUAAAUAACCAUCACCAUUAUCUUUAUGAUGAUCUUCACCGGUCUGCUGGUGAAUUUACCCAGCUUGCCGGUCUGGCUGUCUUGGUUGCGAUACUUAAGCAUUCCUCGCUACUGCUUUGAAGCCUUGGAGAUUAAUGAGUUUGUGGGUUUGAAAUUCUGUGACGAGGCUGUGAUCCAAAGCAGCAACAUGUCCCAUGUAGUGACCAACAGCAGUAUGACGUCCGGCGGCCAGAUCUGUACAGGAGAGCAGUAUCUGGAGCACAUGGGAAUAGAGUACAGCACCUGGGGAUUGUGGCAGAAUCAUGUGGCGCUGAUCACUCUGAUGUUCAUAUUCCUCAUCAUCGCUUAUCUGAAACUCCGCUACAUCAAGAAAUUUACUUAAAUGUGUGAUUAUGCAUCUUUUAUUUUUGGCUUCAAUGAACCAGGCCAAUAGCUGUUCACUGAGCACUUCACCUGUAAAAUAAUAGUAUACCAUUAUUUGCUUUUGUGCAGUUAGAUCUAGAUAACUGAAACCACUGUCAUAUCUAGAUACCAGAGUAUUGAUCUUCUCAUCGAACUCAAAGUGAAUAAGCAAUUUUUUCCCAAAACAUCUCUUUUUUGUGUGUGUUUAUGUUUAACAUUUAUAUAGUGUCAUAUCCCAUACGGCUAAAAGAAAAACCUGCAAACUGGUGAAGGGCCAAGCUGGCUGCUGGGUCUCAGGUGGGAACACUCUCCUGUGAAAAUGUCAUUCAUGACUUCAGCUGGUUGGCACAUGCAGGGAUGUGAUGAGGCCAAACAGUUGCACUCAUAUUGACUCUCAUCAGGGGUAUUCUCACAUCCACUGUGGACACUGACAAUGGCCGGUCCGUGACUCUUUGUUGAGGAGAUCAAAGUCAGCUUAAAAGGUGUUGAGUUAUCUGUGUGGCCUCCCACACGGGGUGCGGCUACUGCUUUUGUAACCUGCCACAUUCUGGAUCGCCUGUCACAUAUAUUUAGUGUUGCUGGUCCUGAGGUCUCUCUUGACGCCUCCGCUUUGCCUCUUUGGUGCCAGUUUUAAAUCUUGCUCCAGGGCGAUGCUUUCUGCUUUAUUCUUCACGCUUCAUUGUCACCUGAUGAAAAAGCAGCUUUUUGGGGAUAGAGCCCUCUUCUCUCCUCUCCAGCCAUUCAGGCUUUCUUGUUGGGGACUGAUUUGAGUGUCUUUGUGAUCACCACAUCAUUAACACACUUGCUGAUAUAUGAUGUCACUGUGGAUGUAUAGUCCUGAACAUUGAUGUUGUUCUCCUGGCUGAUCCCUGAGAUGUCUGUACAGUCUUAAUGGCUUAAUCUGUCAACAAUGAAACUGGUUUUUUUUCCUGA